CGCCGAUCAGAUCUGGAUCAGUCCGCUUAAGGAACGCCCGAGACUAUUGUCCCCCGCCCCCGUUGUUCUCCCAUCUAAAGUUCUCCGGCUGUGCCCAACUUUGUCGCUAAGCGAUGGCCUUCAAGGGGGCAUGAAGAGGCGUAUCGAUCCCACGUUGCGACACGUCGUUCAUUAUGCAGCGCUCUGCGUUGUGCGGAAAGAACACCAAGAAGGGCAGGAUCACCAGCCGGUAUCUUCGAACUUCUGACUUUAGGCCGCUUCACUUUUUCCCAGCUCAAUCGGGCAGCGGUUCGCCUGCCUCCGUGCAAGCCCUAGUCGAUCACUCCUUUGCCUCAUGGCGGACACGCCCGAGCCAGCCCUUUGUCACGUUCUGCCAGACAUUCAUAAAGGCUCCCGACCCUCCGUCCUUUCCUCCCCGGGUCCUCCUCAACGCUCUGCGAGCUCUUUGCGAGCACACACGCUCUUCCGCCCUCCCUCACCCUCCCGCAUCCUCCUUACGACGGCCAACAUGGUCACUUCGCCCCAGUCUCCCGCUUCGCCCACGCCACCGGCGCUCGGCACCUACAUUGACAACGGCGCACUCCAGCUCGUCGAGAUCCUUGGGUAUGGUGGGUAUGGUAUCGUCUAUCGUGCUGUCGACACUUUCUCGUCAAAUCCGACAUCGUACGCCGUCAAGUGCCUUCCACACUCCAACAAGCGCUCCGCUGUCCGCCAGCGCCAGCUUCACAUGCGCGAGAUCACCCUGCACCAGCUCGCAUCGGGCCAUCCGAACGUUGUGACGCUCCACCGUGUCAUCGAGGACUACCAGUACACCUUCAUCGUCAUGGACUACUGUUCCGACGGCGACCUCUUUACGCAGAUUCUGCACCAGCGGCGUUAUCUGGGCAAUAACGCCCUCAUCAAGGAGGUCUUCCUUCAGCUGCUCGACGCGGUUGAGUACUGCCACUCUCUCAAUAUUUAUCACCGUGACUUGAAGCCCGAGAACAUCCUCUGCUUCGAGGACGGCCUGCGCCUCGCGAUCACCGACUUCGGGCUCGCGACUACGGAGCGCAUGAGCAACGAGUUCCGCACUGGCAGUGUCUACCACAUGAGUCCAGAAUGCCAAGGCGGCUACUUCGCGCCCACGCGGAGCUACUCGCCACUAUUUAACGACGUCUGGUCGCUGGGAAUCAUUCUCCUCAACCUCAUCACUGGCCGCAACCCGUGGAAGUCGGCGUCGGCGGACGACUGCACCUUCCAGGCGUAUCUCAAGGACCCGCACCGUUUCCUCCCCACCGUCCUCCCCAUUUCGGAAGAGGUCAACCUCUUGCUCACGCGCGUGCUCGAGGUCGAUUGGCGCAGACGUAUCACGCUGCGCGAGAUGCGUCUCGCGUUCAAGUCGAUCGACAACUUCUACUCGCAUGAUGUGAUCUUCGAGGACUCCAUGGCGCGGUGUCCCUGGGAGGCAGGGCUCAACGUUGAUCCUGAUAGCGACUCCUCCGCCGAGGCGGAGCCCGAGCCUCAAGAAGUUCCGGAGCAGCAGGAGCAACAGGAGGACUUCGCUUCCGCCUGGAGUGAUGGGUCCGACUCCGAGAUGGUCUUCGCCCGCGAGAACUCGCUCGUCCAGAAGGGCACCACCUCUUCCUGGUCUGCCUCCUUCGACGCUCAGCGCGGCGACGACUCGGCUGCCCCCUCUUCCUACUCACGCUCCAUGUCCCCCAGCCCCAACGCCUCGCCCCUAUAUACUACAACGAAGCUCUUCGAGGCCCUCCAGACCCCCGGACAGAGCCCCGCCUCCACGUACUCUGUUCUGUCUUCCUCGCCCUCGAUCCCGUCGCCGCCGGUGACUCCGCAUGCGGGAAGCAACUGGGGGGAGAGCCGUGCGAUGCGCCCGAAGCUCGUCCUCACUGUCGACACUGACACGCACCGUCCCGAGUACUAUGACAACAGCGUCACGAUGCUGUCUGCGACCGCAUCGUCGAUGCAUACCGCGCUCGACACCGCGCUCGAGUCGAACUGGGACGGCUACGUGUACUCUCCGCUGGUGACUAGCGCGGUCGAGACCGCGAAGCCGUCUCCCUACGGUGACACGCGCGAAGACUUCGGGAUGAUCAUCACGCCUGCGACCGCCACCGAGGAUCACGACAUGGACGAGGACGAGUACCCGGAGAUCGACACGUACGACUCGCACCCCGGCGCCCCGCGCUCUGAGUCCCCUGUUCUCGGGCUCGACUUGGGCGCGAACCGCGAGCACAACGUCGUCGACGACGCGCAGUCCGAGUACAGCUGGAAGCAGAUCCGCUCCUGGCUGAACCCCUACCCCCAUGCCGCCACAACCACAGCUGCGAACACCACCGCUUCCAACACCCCCGAGUUCUCUUUUUUUACAGUACAAGCGACGCCCGCACCCUCGCGGCAGCCGUCGCCGCGCGAGCCCGUCACCUGGCCGGCCUUCUCCUUCGGCGUCUCUACCGCGCCGUCUUCCCCGCAGUCGAUGCCCGAGAAGCUCCCGCCGUCGCGUCCCUCUUCCCCCGCGCGCCGCAGCACGGAGCGCAAGGCGCGCACGUCAUCCUUCCUUCGUCCCAUCCGCCUCGCAUUCCCUCGCCGUUCCACUUCGCCUCUUGGGCGCCGCUCGCGCUCGCCUGGCCGCGGCAAGACGCGGCAGACGGAGUCUGCCCCCGAAGCACUCGCGAACUGGGUGGUGACCGCGUCGACAAGCGGGUCGCUCGGGCCUCAGGCCUACUUCUGCCUACCGCCGACUGCCGCCGUGCAGCCAACGCACGUCCGCGUGAGCUCUGCGGAGAAGGAGAGCGUGCAUCCGACGCACUCGACGUUGACGGAGGACGCGCGUCCGCGGCGCAAGCGGCUCCGGUCUGCGCGCGACUGGUUCUCGCCAGGAAAGCUGUUCGCUGCUGUGCUGCCCUCGUCGUGACUCUCUUCUGUGUCGCACUCGUGGUCGUAAGGUUGCUGCAUUUGUAACGGUAACUUAUUCCGCAUUGUCUGUAUUGGUCUUGCAUUUUUCUUACUUCUGCAUUGCUUUGGCAUACACACUCAUCUCGCAUACACAUCAUCAUCACAUCCUGCAUUCUCUAAUCUUGCAUCUGCACUGUUACGACCUUUACGAUCGCAAUUCACACAUACCACCGCAUUGUUCUUUUCUCUCUCGCAAAUUUUGCUGGCAUCCGGUGUCACGUGUAGUCUCGUUCUUGUUUCC